GUUUGGAAAACAACGCGGGAGAAAAGUGAAUGAUGGAGAGUUGCGUCCGUUGCUUGGACACUCUUGAAAUCAUGAACAUGUCAAUGGUUAGCAACAGCUAACAAUCCCUAAAACAUAUCGUGUGUAAUGUUUAAAAGUUACAUAAGUGAAAGAGAUCGCGUUUAACUGCGACAGUUUUAUUGAUGCUUGUGUUUUUCUGAAGUUAUAAGUUAUUCAUUUGUAUUCAUCUGGCAACAAACAUUGACAGCAGCACCUGCGGCAUCAAUCCAGUCUUCUGGAGAUCAACAGAUUAUUUGUGAACUAACAGUUAACCGAAAUAACUCUGAAAGGUCUAAACAAGGUCGAUCACUCUGGAUGUCACCCUGAAGAAAAGAAGAGAGUGAGGGGAAAAAGAGCGAGAGAAAGGGCAGCAUCCUGCAGACUACCUGUAAUGAGCUGCUGUGAAGUCUGCAACAUUCUCCUGACCUUUCGGCGGCUCACAUCAUUCCCAGGUCUUCUCCUUCCACGCAUCCUUGUCAAAGGUCCAAACCGCAAAACGCUGAGGGAUGAACGCUGGCAGGGACAUUAAAGAAAACUCCUGUUUGAGUUCGAUCAGAUGUCGUUCUGCCUGGCAGAGCUGCACGUGUGGUCCUUCAGGAACAGCCUGCAAGUCCCAGAUGCAGAUAUUGGCACAUACCAGCUCUAUGAAAAAGGAGAACCAGCCUCUUCUACAGAUCAGCAUUACUACAAUGAGAAACAGCAGUUUGCAGACAGUCGGGGUUACCCAUGGUUCCUUAGUAACCGUCGCCCGGAGAAGCUGCGUGAUGCCCUAAAGGAACUAGAGGAGCUGCUGCAGUCAUGCCCGGUCAUGAGUGUCAGAUGGAGAAGCAAACAGUGCUGUCAGCUGCUGUUGAGAUCAGGUGUGUUGGUGACCCUUUUCCUGGGCGGAGCUCAGGUCGAACGGGUGGCUAUUGACAGAACGCUGGUGGGGCGACUACCUGCUGACACCAUCAGUGACGCGGUGAUUGGCGAUCGCUUCCUGCUGUUCUCGCUGAUGGAGAGGAGUCAGGUGUGUCAGGUUUACCUGAACAGGAAGAACCAGAGCUCACCUGAGCUAGCACGACACAUGGAGAAACUCACAGCUACAGAGAUUAAGGUUUCAGUGGUGGAUUUACCUGGAGGAGGACGCUGCAUGGAGCGCCGCGUGGGGCUGAACCGGACGCAGGACGUGGCCGUGUGCUGGUGGCCUCUCUGUAACGAGGAGGUUAGGCCUUGGUCUCCCGUCCCUAGUGCAGUGGACAGGGCCAACCUGGUGCUGCUCGCCUGCUCGGAUACACCAGGGCUUACGGUUUUGAGCUCUAUCCGAACUGAUGGGAACCCUAUAGACUGCAGAUUCAGUUUGACCCAACCCUACCAUGUUCUGACCGUGGAGCUGCACCAAGAGGCCAAACACUCCACGUCUGAGCUGUACGAGGAGGCCCAGCCUCCUGAAGUCCAAACCUGUGUAUAUGAAUGUGCUCAUCGAUGUCUCCAGCGUCUGUCCAGCUCUCCUCUACCCCUGACGUCCAAACCUAUAAUCUGUUGUCGUGACCCGUUGGAACGCUGGGUUCUCCUGGGGCUUCAGGAUUGCUCUGUAGUUCUUUUUGACCCACAGACGGGCAACUCACAGUGGGCCUCCUGCUCCAUGGUGCCGGCGGUAUUAGCAUGGCAUCCUUCAGGAGCUCUGCUGAUGGUGGGCGGAGGUCAAGGCGAGGUCCAGUGCUUUGAUAUGGGACUCUCGCCUCUUCCUCUGCAGUUAGUGAGUGAAGAACCAACUCCUGGCUCUAUAGGCCCCAGCCUGCAGCUCUCUCGUCACAUAAAAACCUCUCAGGGGCUAGAGGGGAUGCAUUGGGCCUACUGUCCAAUAUCCCAUGGAUACGAUGGUCUGGAGGCGCAUGACUUACUGCUACUUUGGUUUCAUGGAGGGCCCCUUGCUGCACUGAGGCUAAGACUAGGUGUGUUCAAUGGCACCCAGCUAGGCCCAGGUGAUCUGGUACAGCACCGUCUGCGCUGUGAGGAGGUGGGUGCAGCACUGGGAAUUCUGGGUAAUAUGGACUGGGCCAUGAUGGGAGCAGAGUGUUACAGGUCACUCAGCUCCAUCACAGAUCACCUGCUGAGAAAACCACUGGACCAGCAAACUGAAGGUCAGUUGGAAGCUGCACUUGGGAUGUUUUAUGCCCCCUGCAGACCCCUCUCAAACAUUGUCAUACUGGAGUACAGAGACCCCAUCAGCCGAUACGCCCGCCGAUUCUUCCAUCACCUGCUCAGACACCAGAGGUUUGAAAAAGCCUUCUUGCUGGCUGUAGAUAUCGGUGCAAGAGAUCUGUUCAUGGACCUCCAUUACGUGGCAGCAGAUAAGGGUGAGUUGGUGUUAGCUGCUGUAGCCAAGAAGAAGGCUAAUGAAAUAGACGCAGAGGCACAAACAUCGGCACCAGAUGAGUGUCAGUCAGCGUACAAAGGGCAGAGUGGAGUCAAACUACCAUCAACCAUCAGCGAGAGGCAUGUUCACGACCCCAAACACUGGAGCACUGCAUCAAGGACUGGAGAAACGUCAACCUCUGAGGCUACGGACGAGUUCUUGAAUGCCCCGACAAGUAGUCACGCCUGGCCCUGGAAACACACAGAAAUCAACCUUGUUGACCGGAACACCCAGGUGCCUGAGGAGGGGAAACUGAAAGUUAUUCAUUUUGGUUUAGUGUAAAUAAACAUUUAUUUGUGCAAUGAAAAGUACUUUUUUACAAUGGAAUAAAAUUUUAUUUUAUUUUUUUUACUAAAAUAACCAGUGCAACAGAUUAAAUGUGCUUAAACUAUAAAAACUACUUUUAAAUAAAAAUUUUUUUGC